GGUGUAGGGGGAGACUAACAUUCUUCUGAAGUUUAAUAUAUCAUCUACUUUGGUAAGAAAAUAAAAUAAUAGAAAAAGAUAAGUAAAUAAAUAUUUGACAAGGGCAAGAUUCUCACUAACACCAGUUUCAUAAAUUCAGACAUGUACAAGAUUGUACCUCUAGUCAUGUGCGAUGCACAAGUUACGUGUCAGCAGCUUUUUGACAAAAUCUCUGUUGUUUGUUGUACAGGUAAUAUGGCAGCUUUUGACAUGUCACUUCCUGAGGCAGUGGUGUCUCCAGGUGGUGUUGGUUUUGAUAUCAACUGUGGUGUUAGGCUGCUAAGGACAAACCUUGAAGAGAAAGAUGUGCAGCCAGUUAAAGAGCAGCUAGCUCAGUCACUUUUUGAUCACAUUCCUGUUGGUGUUGGCUCCAAAGGUGUCAUUCCUAUGGGAGCAAAAGAUUUGGAGGAAGCUCUUUCAAUGGGAAUGGAUUGGUCCCUUAGAGAAGGUUACGCAUGGGCUGAAGACAAGGAGCACUGUGAAGAGUAUGGCCGGAUGUUACAAGCUGACCCUGAUAAAGUUAGCCCUAGAGCUAAGAAAAGAGGCUUACCGCAGCUUGGUACUCUUGGAGCUGGAAAUCACUAUGCAGAAAUUCAAAUUGUAGAUGAAAUAUAUAACACAUAUGCUGCAAAGAAGAUGGGAGUUGAUCAUCGGGGUCAGGUUUGUGUGAUGAUCCACAGUGGCAGUAGAGGCCUUGGACAUCAAGUAGCUACUGAUGCCCUGGUUGCAAUGGAGAAAGCAAUGAAAAGAGACAAAAUUGACGUUAAUGACAGACAGCUCGCUUGUGCAAGAAUCCACUCACAAGAAGGAGAAGAUUAUUUGAAAGGCAUGGCUGCCGCGGCGAAUUAUGCCUGGGUGAACCGCUCAACUAUGACGUUCCUGACAAGACAAGCUUUUGGAAAAGUGUUCAAGAGCACUCCAGAUGAUUUGGACAUGCACGUGAUUUAUGACGUGUCACAUAACAUAGCCAAGAUCGAGGAACAUAUGUUAGACGGGGAACAGAAGACCCUCCUUGUGCACAGAAAGGGAUCAACCCGCGCAUUUCCACCACAUCAUCCACUUAUUCCGGUAGAUUACCAGUUGACUGGUCAGCCUGUACUUAUCGGUGGAACCAUGGGAACCUGUAGUUAUGUUCUGACAGGCACAGAAAAAGGAAUGAAACAGACCUUUGGUACGACUUGCCACGGGGCGGGAAGAGCAUUGUCCAGAGCAAAGUCACGGCGUAAUCUUGACUAUCAAGAGGUGCUUGAUGCUCUUAAGUCAAAGGGAAUUUCAAUCAGAGUGGCUUCCCCCAAAUUGGUCAUGGAAGAGGCUCCAGAAUCAUAUAAAAACGUCACCGAUGUAGUUAAUACCUGUCAUGAUGCAGGAAUCAGUCAAAAAGCGAUUAAACUAAGACCAAUCGCUGUUAUCAAAGGAUAAAACCACGAAACUGGUAGUAAAUUAGUAGAGACUGCUCAACUUAUUCCAUAAAACCAAGGGAGAACAUCCGAACUGCCUUUGUGUCCUAUGCAGCUGCAAUCUCGUUCCCAGAGGCCGCGAUUCUUUUGGUCAGCACCAAGAAAACUGACCUGGGAGAAAUCGGAAUGUGAGCCAGCAUGAGUCACAGCGGCUACUUUCUCUACGCGUGUUGAGAAACCGUUAUUGAACUUGAACGCAGGCGCAUUUUCAAACCGGAAUCAGGAUUUCUGGUUUCGGUUUUUGAUUUCGAUCAGAGCGUCUCGCGUUUGGUCACCCUGACGGAAAACGCGCGGGAUCUGGGGACGAGAUCGAUGCAGCUAUUAUUUUGGCGUCACACAGUUUUCAAUGAAAAGUGUGGUUUGAUAUCGGCGAAGGACACUACAUCUCCGCGCGCAUUUAACAGAGUUCCCCUGUUAUGUCAAACGUGACAGGGAAGGGCAAAAUUUACUGGUGUGGCAUUCCAUGUACAAAAAACAUAACAAAAUCAUUAAGCAUGAAGAUAUUCCUGUAGAUCACUAAGAAUAUUAACACUGUAAGCACCAAAAGGUAAUCAACAUUUAUUUCUUUUCAUAAUGUCAAUAGACGAUCAUCCUCAAAGGAAUUUUUUUCUUUAAAUACUUACACAACUCAUAUUGGAAAUUUAUCAGCAAUAUUAUAAUAAAUGAUUCUAUUGUUAUGA